UAGAAAUAGGUACGUACGCCAAUUAUACUCAUCCCCACAUCGACGCACGCUACUCAGCCAUGGCGGCCUCGCUCCCGGAUGACAUCCUCCGCGAGAUCCUAGUUCGCCUUGAUGACGCGGCCGACCUCUUCCGUUGCGCCGUGGCAUGCAGACGCUGGCGACACCUCGUCGCCGAUCCCUCCUUCCUACGGUGCCGGUGGCCGGACCACUCACGCGCCUCCUUCGCCGGGUUCUUCAACAAGCAGCGGCAUCGUGAUCAAGGGGCCAAGGUGCUCGUCCCGACGCCAUGGUCGCCGCUGGGCCAUGGGCGCCGUGCCAUCAGCUCCUUCGUGCACGACGUCCCGGCAAGCCUCUUGUACCGCGCGGUGCCGCUCGUCUCGCAUCGUGGCCUCCUCCUUGUGCACCUCCUCCCGGCCCGUGGCACGGAUGAUUGGUGGGUCGUUUGCCUGGCCGUGUGCAACCUGCUCGUUGGCACAUGCGACAUGCUCCCUCCUCUAUUGGACAGCUCUAUGGGCUUGCGUGAGUACAAGCAUCACGGCUGUGCCGUCCUAUCCGGUGAUGACUGUCGCUCCGGUGACGGCGAGCAGCCACCGAGCACCUCGUCCUUCUACAAAGUGAUAAUCAUCACCACUGGUCGCGAUCACCAGAUUGGCUUCAAGUUUGACGUGCACACGUUCUCGUCCGGCAAUGAGAGUUGGAGUAAGCACACAAAGUGCUUCAGCGACACCAUAGAUUCCGACAUCCUCGGCUCACUGUGUCAAAGCGACGCCAUUGUGCACCGCGGCACCGUCCACUGGCUAUUUAAUAGUUGGACGGCGCAAUGUUUCUGCCUUGUUAAGCUAGAUGCCCGGAGCUGCGACAUCACAUUCACAAGGCUCCCCGUCCCAGCAAUGUAUAUCGAAGAUCAUGCAUGCCUUGGCCUGGCUACAACCGGCGGCGCCCUCUCGGUACUAAAGAUGCAAGAGGCAGCAAGUCCCAAGCUAGAUAUAUGGAGACAGCAAGAGGACCACCAGAGUGCACACGGUACCUCGCAAUGGCUCUGCACUGAUACAGUAGAGUUAAUACAACCUAGGAGGACGGAGACUCACGACAGGGACAUGCUUUACAUACUACUAGGAGAGAAGUGUGGGAAAUUACUUGUCAACAACAGGCGUCGGCGCGUGUACUCAGCCGACCUAGAGACAGGGACAGUGGAGGCAGUGGCUGACUGGCGCAGCUUACACCCUAGCACCCCUCUAGAUGUUGUGCCUCUGGAGAUGGACUGGCCGGCGCUCUUCCUUUCUCGUCUUGGUACUGCCAGCGAAUCCGGCAUUCCGGUCCCGUCUCCCAGUGGAGAGGCAGCUCCAAGAAGGAGUAGGCGACGCAGGGGAAGAGGCCGCGGGAAAACUUGCAGCCGUGGCAAAGCAACAGACGAAGGAAAGGAGAUAGCCAGCUCCACAUGGUGAUAAUAUUAGGACGUGUGUAUUUCUAUGUGAAGAUUUAUUAUGGAUAUAUUGAAAAAGAGAAGCUCACGGUAUAUUAGUAAAGAAAAAAAAUGAUCAUGUUAU